AUGAAGGACCCGGCGCACCGCACGAAGGUGGUGCUCCGGCGGCUGCCGCCGGCGAUCGCGCAGCAGGCCGUCCUGGACCAGGUCGACGCGCGCUUCGCUGGGCGGUACGACUGGGCGUGCUUCCGCCCGGGCAAUACCAGCCAAAAGAAUCAUAGGUAUUCUCGACUUUACCUUAAUUUCAAGCGCCCAGAGGAUGUUGUUGAGUUUGCUGAGGUCUUCAGUGGGCACGUAUUUGUGAAUGAAAAGGGUGCUCAAUUUAAAGCUUUCGUGGAAUAUGCACCAUCACAACAGGUUCCCAAGUCAAAUAUCAAGAAGGAUGGCCGUGAAGGAACUAUUAUGAAAGAUCCAGAGUACUUGGAGUUUCUUGAGCUUAUUUCAAAGCCUACUGAGCAUCUGCCUAGUGCUGAAAUUCAGCUUGAAAGGAAAGAAGCUGAAAGGGCAGCUGCUGGAAAGGAGGCACCUGUUGUGACACCUCUUAUGAUGUAUGUCCGCCAGCAAAGGGCAGCUAAGAAUAUGGCUCAGAGACCUGGAAGUAGACUUAGCAGAAAAGUUGCAGGUGUCGUAACUAGCAGUUCCAGUCCUAAAAGGUCUUCUGAGAAGCGCAGAUCCUCCACGUAUGUUGUACGAGACAGUACUAAGGAGAAGCCAACCUAUAUCAUGGUGCCAAAGAGAGAGGAGCAUACACAGAGAGAAAAAACUGCUGCUGGAAAUUCAGGUGAUGCCACAAGUGGGGGAACAACUGGAUCUGGUCAGGCUGCUGAGGCUAAAAGGGGCAAAAUUGUCAUUUUGAAAGGAAGAGGAAGGGUUGAUUCUAACACACCUGAUGGAGCAACUCAGCAGUCAUCAACCCCUGUGAAGAAUGUACCACCAUCGAGUUCUAGACUAGACCAGCGACCUGAAGCCAGUGGAAGAAUUAUUAAAACUAUACUUUCAAACAAGGAAGUCCGCAGUUCAAAUCCAUCUCAACAUGAGCAGGAAGCUCACGUGUUUAAUACUGAGAAGGAUAAGCGGCUACCACGGGCUCUGAACCCUCGUACCAUUGUGAAAGAUCAGGUAGUUGAAAAUGCUGAGAGAAGCCAUUUUGAUGAGAAGACUAGUCAUCUCCACGGAUCUGCUCCAAUUGGUGAGAAGGUUGAAAGGCAUGCCAGAAACAGAGAUAGACCCGAUCGUGGUGUAUGGGCACCUCGCCGCUAUGACAAAUCUACAUCGGGGGGUGGUUCACAUGCCUCGUCGUCAGAUUUCCCUCAAAUGCAGUCACAUUCUGGAGAUAAUGUCUCGCAACUAGCAGAUGGUCAUGGAGACAGAAAGACAGACACAAGGGGUCAUGGUGGUAGCCGUGGUGUUCCUGUUGAAAAUGGACAUAGGCAUGCCAACCGUCGUGGUCCCCCACGUGCUCCAAAGGAAACCGAGAUAUCUGCUAGCGUGUCUGAUGGAAAGAAUUCAAAGAGGGGCUCUGCUAGCUAUGGUGCUCAUGAGAUACUCCCAUCAAAACAGGUAUUGCAAGUCGUGGAGGAAGUCUUGGAUUCUGCAGCGCAUUCUUCUUUGUUAGCUGUUGAUCCUGUGAAGUAUGUUAACAAAAUGUCCAAUGGUCAAAUGCUGCCAUGA